UACCACUCAGAACUCCCCGGGUUCCUCCGGAAAUUCUCGGGUGUUUCCGUCUCCACAUCGGCACCAAUUGGUUCUUUCCAUCCUCCUAGUUGCUCCCCCUCCCUCAUCCUGCUUUCAGAGCUCGGUUCUCUUCGUCUUACCGAGGCUUUGAAUCGAAUCUGUUCGGAAGCUCUCGACUCUGGCAUAACCAUAAUCGGAAUUAUUCGGCUAUCUCCGGACCUAAGGCUGAGACGCUGUGGCCCUUGUGUGUUUGGGGCUGGUACGGGACCGGAAGUGCGUGGGCUUCCCGGCUGGCCCUCCUUAGGGUUUUUAGGAAACCUGGAAGCGGCGGCGAUAGUUGAAGUCUAAACACUCUUGUGACGGUCUCCGGGUGCCCUGUGAGAGGAAAGGGGAGGAAAUAUAAGAAAAUAAUGGAGUUAUGAAGUUCUUGGCAUAUUUCAGAGGCUACAUGCACAUUGCGGAGAAGGCUCUUUCGUCAUAUAUGAUGUUUUCCCUUUCUUUUUUUUCCUUCUGUUGAUAGCUCUGGAAUGAUUAGCAUCUAGGCCCUGACCAGCUGCUUGGUAAAUUAAAAAAUGUGUACCUUUUUUUCAUUUUAGGGAAGAUGUGUUGGACCAAUAUUAAUCGUUGGUUUUUUUUCUUUACUGAAUCUGGAACAUAGAAUUAGGUGGUAAAGAAUGAACAAGGAAUACUUUGGUUAUUUUUGGAUUGUUUAUAAGAAUGAUGGAGGGAGGCAGUGGUUGGGAAGGGUAAUGGGUUUGAAAACGAGAGAGGAAGGUUGGCAAAUAAUGAAAUUAGGUUAUUCUUGAGUACCUUGUCUAAGUUGGAUAAUAACCUAAAUAAAGGACCCUGUUGUUUUUCUGUAAACCAAAUUGGUGAAAAGUAAUUUUCUUUGUAGACGUUGAUGGAGUGUGAUAAGAUUCUGUGUUGUUGGGAAGCUGUAUUUUGGUUGCUCUAUCCAGAGAGUAUAUAACAGUGCUCUUAUGUUUCAGGAUGCCACUGGGAUCAUCUUCCUCUUCGAUGCCGCUACCUUUCCCUUCUCCCUUACCCUCGGUACCAGACAAUAUUUCUAACUCUUCCCCUCCCCCAAUGUCUUACAUCACUUCCCAGGAGAUGAAGUGUAUUCUUCACUGGUUUGCCAGCUGGUCAGGUCCUCAGCGUGAACGUUUCCUACAGGACCUGGUAGCUAAGGCAGUACCGGGAAAAUUGCAGCCACUGCUGGAAAGUCUGGAGCAGCUUAGCGUGUCUGGAGCAAACCGACCACCUUGUAUCUUUGAGUGCCAGCUACGUCUUUGGGAUCAGUGGUUUCGAGGUUGGGCUGAGCAGGAGCGCAAUGAAUUUGUCAGGCAGCUGGAGAUCAGUGAGCCAGACUUCGUGGCAAAGUUUUACCAAGCAGUGGCUGCUACCGCUGGUAAAGACUGAUAGGCAUUAAAAUCAAAGAAGAUAACCAGAGCAAAUGGAGCCGAGGCCACAACUUUACCAUGAGAACUUCAAAUGUAUCACUUAAAGGCCUGGGGAUGGUGUCCCGAUCAGCUGACUGAACUUGCUGACCAAUACAAGCCUGGUGAUUUCAACAGCCGAUCAACUGGAUUCCUAGUGUAAAUGUUUUCCAUCUAAGCAAAUCCAGAUCAGCAAUCUGUCUCCUAGCUUACUUCCUUCCAAGAGAUGUCAAACCCUCAAGAAUUUAAAGGCUUCUUUUACAACUAUAACCGAAAGGAAUCUACACAUUAUAACUCAAGCCUACUGCCGGCCCAUAGGGGUAUAAAAUAGAGCCCUUCUACUCCAGAAACAAGAGAGAAGGACAAUAAAAGGUCAUGUUCUUAUAAUUUAGCUGGAUUCAGAUGGCUGCUUUCACCACUGUUACCAAAUUCUGGCAUAAUUAUGUGAUAUCCCAACUACUAGCUUUCCUAGUGAUGAUUUAGUAAACUUAUGGAAAAAUCAGGAGGUGGAGAUAAUUAGCUACUCCUUCCUCCACACUGAUGUUGGUAUGAAUCCAAGUAGCAAUGAUUUUUUUCUAAAGUAUAUAUGACAUCCUUGGAGCUGGUAGCAGAUGUUCCUAUUCUAUAAGUUUGCUUUACAACAAUAUGAAAACAAGUGACAUUCUUUACAGGUUGAAGGGUUUAUUUUUUGUAUCAAAAUAAAGAACAGAUUUUCAGAA